CUCAUUUAUAAAUUCAAACAUAAAUAAUCAUCAAAAAGGAUAAAACAUUAUAUAAAUCUAUAGAAUAAAAACUACAAGUGCACAUUAUGGUUCUCUUACCAAAAAUAAUAGUAGCAAAAUUUGCCAUUUUUUUCAUAAUAUCAGUUGGUGGUGUUGAGUAUUCUAGAAUUGACGAAGGCUACCCUCUAGGAAUGAUACCAGACUGUCCUGGAUCCGAUAAACCAGCAUUUAUCAAGCCUGUAACCCUUAAAAAGCUUAUCAUAUCAGUAGUAGGCGAUAACCAUACUGGAUAUUCAGGGCAUUACAACUAUUACGGAAUAAACGAGCUCCCCAAGAAUCCCGAUAUAGACUUCAGUAAGAAGACGUGGAUGUAUGUCGGUGGAUACUUAGAUGGUAAUGCCUGGGGCACCGGCUUAGGCCCAGGAUAUGAUUAUAAGGCUAGAGGAUACAACGUGCUGUCUCUGGAUACACUACAUUUCACUGCAAUGCAUUAUCCUCAUGCUGCCCGCCUGGCCCGUGUCGUUGGAAAGCACGCGGCAGAAAUGCUGGCCAAACUGACUAAACAUGGUCUUGACCCAAAAAAACUAGAACUUACCGGCAUGAGUCUCGGAGGACAAACCAUGAGCUUCAUAGCCAAGAACUACAGAAGGAUUACAGGGAAAAAUAUUUCCUCACUAGUCUCACUGGAUCCAGCAGGCCCUUGCUUCCGCCACCUUGGUCCUGAUCAGAGAUUAGACAAAUCUGACGCUGAUUUUGUCGCAACCGUUUUAACAACCAUGGAUUUAUCAAGCAUAUCGUUCCCUUUCUCCCAUGUAACCUUCUAUGUCAACGGCGGGGCUUACCAGGAGGGGUAUUUUGCUUGGUUCCCUUGCGACUCCAUAUGCAGUCAUGUCAGGUCAUUUACCAUCUGGUGGGCUUCUGUAGUCUAUCCAGAGGACUUCAUAGCUGUUAAAUGUGAUACGGUGAAGCAAGCUAGGGAUGGCGAUUGCUACGAUAUACAGCCAAUGGUGACCAACACGAUGGGACCAUUCAUUGAUAAAACCAAACCGGGAAUUUAUUAUCUUCGUACCACAAAUAGAUGGCCGUUCGCACUGGGAAAGAAAGGCCUAAAAAAGCCUAGACUGGUUAUCGCCAAAUCGAAGGAAAGCGGAACGAACGAAAUUGAUGUUCCUCAAAUUUUUAAGUCCACAAUCUCACAUUUUUUGCGAGCAUAUACCUAGUUUUACUCAGGGCUGAAAAAUAAAGUUUAAAUGUGAAUACUUGAAAUUAUACUGUAUACGUGAUAUUUAAUCUUUUGAUUUUACUCUGGAUUUUCUGUUGAUAAAUAUUGUAAAUACAUUUACUUAUACACACUAAUAGUAUCAUAGGUAUUAAUAUAUUAUCCCAGUCAUUUAUGACGUCAAGUAGAGAAAAUCUAUUUUUAACCGACUUCAAAAAAAGGAGGAGGUUCUCAAUUCGACUGAAUGCUUUUUUUUUAUGUAUGUUACUCGAUAUCUCCGAGAAUCGUGGACCGAUUUUCA